AUUCGGUGUUUUUUUUUUUAAAAGACGUCAGCAGCACAUUACCGUUCUGUGACGGAGUGAGUUCUGUGUCGCGUUCAACUCAGAAUACGGAUUGAGUGUUCCGAUGAUUUUUUUCAUCCGUGAUUGGUCUUUUCUACAAUGAAUAUUGAUUCCCGGAUCCAUGAACGCUCGAUUACCUACCACGGUAUUUAUCGCACGCAUGAUCCAAUCGCCCAUUUCACUGUGAGGAUUAAGGUUUGGCGCCCCGGAAUUAUUGUUAAUCCAGAAACCGUGGAAUCCCCGGAAGAGAGUGCCACGAAACAACGUCGUCGUAAGCGUACGGCAUCAGCUGGAGGCCGAAGUUUGGAUUUCUCUCGCGAUUUCCAGAACAUUCAGACGCAGAAGUGUGAUACUUUACGAGUGAAAUGGCAGGAGAAAAUUUUAAGUUGGGGUGAAGUCUUGCGUUAUGGAUCUCAAGCUGGACCAGAAGCUGCGAAAUCAGAUAGCUCUUACUACGCGCUUGCUCAAAAGAGGCUCGAGAAAGCGGGUUCGAAUUUUACGCAGUUGAUCUUCACUUACGUUGAUCAGGAUGUUGAGUGUGAUGCGUUUCGCCGGAAAAAUCAAUAUUCGUCGCCAUUGCUCAAGUCGAUUCCGAAAUCGAACAUUGUUUCCUCCAAGGAUCACAGUUUGUCGGAAUCUUCGCGUGAAAGCGAUGAUUCGUCUACUCGGGAAGAAUUGAUGCUGAUUAUGGCGGAUUUUUCUCCUCGCAACACGGACGAAUCAAGAGUAACACCGGUGCUUCUUUGUGCCGUCUCGUUUGACCCGCGAAGGAAAGUGAUCUCUGUGAAACCAGAUUUCUCCAGUUCUGGGGAAUAUUACCCUGUGAAAUCUCCAUCCGGCGAACUGUUCCAUUACUGUCUUGAGCUGGAGUCUCACUUGAAGUCACCCCUGGAAAUUUUGAAAGAUUCUCGUCUUCUUAACGAGGUUUGUCGCCAUCAUCAUGAAGGAAUUUCCAGUAUCACCGGGGAAGAAUUUGAAAAGCCACUGAAUCCUGAUCAUUGUCGAUUUCAUUUCCAUGGACUGAUUCUCGACGCAUGUAAAUUCAACGCACGUUGGAUUUCUGUCCGCUACUUACUGAACGCUCCAGAAGGCUGGAAAUCCAACGAGGAAAUCGUUUACGGUGCAACUCAGUGGAGUUCCGUCAGUUCGAGAGGGAAAGCUCAGUUUUGCUUGCCGAUAUCUGCGGACUUGUCAUUCAAUUCCUCUUACGAGUGCCGAGCUCCGCGAUUAUUUUUUCAAGUUAUGAGUUUGGACUGGUGGGGUUGCCAAAGAACUGAAGGUUAUGGUUGGAUAGCAGUUCCGUUGACGCCAGGAAGAUAUGAUGUUACAGUAAAAACUUGGCGAGUUCUGUUCCCAACUUUUCAAGCGGAAAUGCGGAGAUUCUUCCUUGCUGCGUCUACUCCAUUCGCCGACGUUCGGGCGAUUGUUGAUCCUUCUUUGAACGGUUCGAAGGCCCACUGUUGGAGUAGGUAUGGAUUUCAGACGAUCACUGCCGGGGAAAUCCGUUUGCAGCUGGAUGUUGUGACGCAGGAGUCGUCAUUUGGUUUGUCAUUGCUUACUUCGCGUGCAGGCGUUGAUGAUGCCCUGCACAAGAGCAUUGAAAUUGUUUUAGAAGCAUUCCGAAAAGCGAGGUCGAGAAUGUACGAGGCCAGGCUCAAAUUAAACCAAACAGUAGUGGAGUAA